GCCAGAAGUAGAAGAAGAAGAAUCAGCUCUUUCACUGUGUCACUUUUUUCGUCAUGGCAGUUACCAGCUGGGAAGACUCUGUCAAAAGUUUGAAAGGUGUGAUUUUAGACAUGUGCGGCGUGUUAUAUGAUGCUGGAGAAGACGGCGGCUCUCCAAUUCCAGGCUCCGUAGAAGCGGUGAAAAGGCUAAAGGCCUCGGACCUACAGCUGCGUUUCUGUACCAACGAGACCCAGGCCACACGGGAGGUGUUUGUAGCCAAGCUGCAGAGGAUGGGCUUUGAUAUCUCUGUGUGUGAGGUGUUCUCCCCAGCCCCGGCUGCCGUGGCUGUCCUGAAGGAGAGGGGGCUACGACCCCACCUCCUGGUCUACGAUGGUGUCGUCCCUGAGUUCGACAGCGUUGAGAAGACCAACCCAAACUGUGUUGUCAUAGGAGACGCAGCAGAGAAGUUCUCCUACCGGAACCUCAACGAUGCCUUCAGAGUUCUCAUAGCGCUGGAGAAACCAGUACUGUUCUCUCUGGGCCGAGGGAAGUACUACAAAGAGGAUGAUGGCUUGAAACUGGAUGUUGGGGUUUACAUGAAGGCAUUGGAGUAUGCCUGCGAUGUAGAAGCUGAGGUCAUUGGGAAGCCAGACCCCAUGUUCUUUCAGAAAGUUCUGGAUGACAUGGGGAUUCAGUCACACCAGACUCUGAUGAUUGGUGAUGAUCUGGUGAAUGAUGUUGGCGGGGCGCAACACUGUGGAAUGAAGGGUGUCCAAGUGAGGACAGGAAAAUACAGGCCCAGUGAUGAGAAGCACCCAACAGUAACAGCUGAUGGCUAUGUGGACAACCUGGCGGAGGCUGUGGAAACCAUCCUGAAGCUCCGGGGCCAGUGAGGAGAGGACCAGGAAGAACCACCUUCACCACCACAAUACACCACACACACACAACUACUCAUUACUCUAGUACGAUCUGACAACAGGGAGUAACCCACUAACAUAGAGAGCCAUGGAGAGAUAGAGCCAUGUUGGAGCCAAGAUGGAGGAGAUAGAAGAACACAGUCUUAGAGGAGAUAGAGCCAAGAUGGAGGAGAUAGAAGAACACAGUCUUAGAGGAGAUAGAGCCAUGUUGGAGCCAAGAUGGAGGAGAUAGAAGAACACAGUCUUAGAGGAGAUAGAGCCAUGUUGGAGCCAAGAUGGAGGAGAUAGAAGAACACAGUCUUAGAGGAGAUAGAGCCAUGUUGGAGCCAAGAUGGAGGAGAUAGAAGACCACAGUCUUAGAGGAGAUAGAGCCAAGAUGGAGGAGAUAGAAGAACACAGUCUUAGAGGAGAUAGAAGUUAAUGACCUCAUGGUCAGAGGGCAGCUAGUUAGGUAAGUUAAUAACAUCAUGGUCAGAGGGUAACUAGUUAGGUAAGUUAAUAACAUAAUGUUUACCUGAAGGUGCCAAAAGCAUGUAGCCUCUUUACACACUGAAGGAAGAAAGAAAGACAGACAGACAGACAGACAGACAGACAGACAGACAGACAGACAGACAGACAGACAGACAGACAGACAGACAGACAGACAGACAGACAGACAGACAGACAGACAGACAGACAGACAGACAGACAGGGUGUUAAGAGUAUAAUGAAAACCAUCCUAUAUUUUACACAGUCAACUGCUUUAAAGUAUCAGCCAAUCAGCAACCCACCAGGUACAGCCCCACAGCUCUGAGGAGUCUGUCUACACACUGGGACACCAUUACUGUAAUAAAAACCUGAGAUGGACUUGGUCUAUAGUGGACUGGGUCUAUAGUGGACUGGGUCUAGUGGACUGGGUCUAUAGUGGACUGGGUCUAUGUACUGUGGAUUUAGCUGAAUAAGUUAAAUGUUUUGGAUGUUGAUUUUCUCAUUUCUAAUAAUGAAACAUUGUAACAUGUAUAACAUUCAGACUAGAGGUUAGGACUUUGAUAAGGACGUUGUGCAAUAAAAAUCCCUGAUCCACUAA